GCUUAGGGCUGACUGUCUGUCUGUCUCUCACUCCAAUUGGAUAAGGCCACACCGGUCCGGUGGCCAAUCGAUGCCUCUUGUGGCGAGGUAUAAGUAAGGCUCUCGAAGUGGCUAGCGGCUCAUUCAGACUUUCUGUGACAUACUGAAGCUACUAAUAUGAGCGGAAGAGGCAAAACCGGAGGCAAGGCCAGGGCGAAGGCAAAGACACGUUCAUCCCGUGCCGGGCUCCAGUUCCCCGUGGGCCGUGUGCACAGGCUGCUGCGCAAAGGCAACUACGCCGAGCGUGUGGGCGCUGGCGCACCAGUCUACCUGGCCGCAGUGCUCGAGUACCUGACUGCUGAGAUCCUGGAGUUGGCUGGAAACGCUGCCCGUGACAACAAGAAGACUCGUAUCAUCCCCCGUCACCUGCAGCUGGCAGUCCGUAACGACGAGGAGCUGAACAAACUGCUUGGCGGCGUGACCAUCGCUCAGGGUGGUGUUCUGCCCAACAUCCAGGCAGUGCUGCUCCCCAAGAAGACUGAGAAGGCCGUCAAAGCCAAGUAAAAUCGCUGGUGCGGCUGCAACUUGACUACUCAACCCCCAAAGGCUCUUUUAAGAGCCAACCA